AUGGGUAGCUCUGGAGAAUCGAAUAUCAAUGGAAUAAAUGCUUCUGUUGGUGGGUUGGUUUGGGUCCGACGCAGAAAUGGGUCAUGGUGGCCUGGUCGGAUAAUGAGUCUUGAUGAAUUGUCUGAGGGUUGUUUGGUUUCUCCGAGAUCGGGUACUCCGGUUAAGCUGUUGGGUCGUGAUGAUGCUAGUGUGGAUUGGUAUAAUCUUGAAAAAUCGAAGCGAGUAAAAGCGUUUCGUUGUGGAGAGUACGAUGAAUGCAUUGAGAAGGCAAAGGCGUCUGCUGCUGGUUUAGGCAGGAAGGCAGUGAAGUAUGCUCGCAGAGAAGAUGCUAUUCUUCAUGCCCUUGAGCUAGAGAGUGCUCACCUGGAUAAGGGAAGGAGGAGAAGAACACCUAAUGAUUCAGAAGACGAUGGAACUGAAGGAGUGAAGCGAAUGAGAGGGCUCGAGGAUCUUGGCAUUGGCGUAGUGUCAAAGAGAAAGGUCCAGGGUUCAGGUCCAACUGAUAUAGCUCAGCAUGUCAGUGCUUCCCUUAACAAUUCAAUCACAGGGAACGGCCUGGCCAAUGGAACUUCUGUAAAUGGUGGUAAGGGUUAUUCUUCUCUGAAAAGGAAGAGAUCACAAGUUUCAAAUGUUCACGAAAUCUUGAGAAGAAAAAAUCGACGCCGGCCUUUGACUAAGGUUUUAGAGAGUACUGCCAUGGUAUCAGUUCCUGUUACCUGUGAACAGCUUCCCAGUUCAAGCAAUUCUCCGCUAUAUGGGAUAACUAACGGAAAGGUUUCAGGAUUUGAUACUACCCAUUCAAUGAAAAGUUCUGCAAUGGAAAUUCUCAAUUCAGAUAGUGCUGCUGAGGCUGCUUGUGAGAAUGGGACUUCAUUAAUUGUUCAUGACCAUGGUGGUGAUUUUUCCCAAGCCGAUCUCAAGGAAAAGGAGAAUGAGACUUCUGAAAUACCAGCGCUAGCUGGCAAUGAUUCUUCUGAUGUUUUAUUUGAUGUGCCAUUUGUCAGGGCUCUAGAGGAGGAGAAACCAACUCCAGGUUUGUCACCCACACUUGUUUCUUGUUCAUACGACAUACCUGAAGUUAAUGCAUUGGAGAAGCAAUCUUGUCAAGCUGGCGAAUCUGAAACUUUUCCAUUGAGAAACGGUUGCAAGAAUGAAUCUGGUUCUACGAGUUCAGCUGCUGGUCACGACAUCGUUGUCGAUAGAGCAGACAAAGAUAGUUCAAAGUGGCAGUCUAAAGGAAAGAGGAACUUAAGACAUACAAGACAAAACAGAAAACAAGUCUCUAGAAAUUAUGCGGGCAUGGAUGGCGAAUCCGGUGCUUAUUUAACAGGAACAGGGAACUCAGAUGGAUUCUGUCAAGGUGCCGGUCAGAAACAGAAAGUUAAUUGGAACGGCACAGGUGUAUCCAAUGCCUCAUACAAUUGUAAUUCUCAAAUCAAGUGCAAGCCUAUUGCUGAAGGUGAAGCAGAAGGGCUUCGGGACUUGAGCAAGCAUAUCAGGGCUACAGCAGCAGAAGCAAAGGAGUUGCCAAAUGGAUCUCUUGCACCUCAGAGAUCACUUCCUUAUCGCCAGUCACGCUUUACUGUUAACUCGAGAUAUGAAAUGUCUGAUUUUCCUGGAAAAAGCUGCACUUCGGAUGGGACAUUAUAUGACGUUAAACUAGAAGUUAAAUCCAGCUACCGGCCGCAACAUGUUCCUUUGGUUUCCCUUGUGAGUAAAGUGAAUAAUAAAGCCUUUAUUGGACACCCUUUGACAGUUGAGGUAUUGGAAGAAGGUCAUUGUGAUAAAAUGUUGAGCGGCAUCGGAGACAUUGGAGGUGACGAGGAAGUUGGUGAUAUCUAUUGUGCGGAGAAGCCAAAGCCAGUAACCAGAAGAAAACCUUCCAAGAAAUCGUCGCGUUUUUCACGUAGGAAAUCUUCAAAGUCAAAAAAAUCCGGGCUGUUGAAUAAAAAAAUAAGGAAGCUGUCUUCAUUGACCGGUCACAGACAGUCAGAAGAAGAGAGAAAACCGGUCGUCGAUAAGCUCAAGGGUCCUGUGAUAGCAUGUAUUCCUCUUACAGUAGUAUUCAGUCGGAUACACGAGGCAUUGAACGGCCAGGCACGGUCGUCACACCGUGUAGUAUCAACAACGAACCCAUGA